AAAUAUUAUAAAUGAUCUUAAAAAUAAGAUCGAUAAUUGUCCUGAUAGAGAAUAUUAUCAAAAUCUUCAACCUUAUAUUGGUAAAUUAUGUUCUAAUUGUUAUAUAACAAUUACAGAUUCUUAUCAUCGAGGAAUAUCUACAAUCAACAGAAUUAGUAAAUCAACUAAUUUAAUAGAAUCUAAUGAAUUGGAUGAAAUUAAUGAACCAAAUUUAAUGGAAGUUGAUAAUUUAAUAGAAAUUAAUAAUAAUUUAGUAAAUUUAAUAGAAUUAAUUGAGACUCAAAAAAAGAAAUUAAUUGAAGAUAACUUAACUGAAAUUAAUUAA